AUGUGGGUACUGGUGCUGGUGUUGGCUACUGCCCUUUUUGCCCUGUUGGAUGUCUGGUACUUUCUACGAGCCUUUAUGGCAGUUUUAAGAGCACGUCUCCAGACUGUUGUGAAGGACCUACUGAAGGAACACACAUACUCUAGCCUCGUCUUACCACAUGAUCUAGACUUUCUUUGUCAUAUGAACAAUUCACGCUAUCUGCGUGAGGCUGACUUUGCACGUUUGUCUUUCUUCACACGUAGCGGGCUCUUUGGGGCCAUCCACUCUUUGGGAGCUGGAAUGGUGAUGGCUGCAUGCACUGCUCGCUAUCGACGAUCUCUCCGACUCUUUGAAACUUUCGAUAUACGCACACGUCUGCUAUGCUGGGAUGACAAGGCAUUCUACGUAGAACAGCGUUUUGUGGCUCCAAGUGAUGGCUUUGUCUGUGCCGUGCUGCUUAGUCGUCAACACAUUAUAGGAAACUCCCCCGACAAAGUGGUACAGUCCAUGUGCAAAAGGAAGCAUAGCAAGCUCAUUCGCAAGCUGCUUUCAACUCUCUUAAAGAUACUUUCUACAAUCAAGGUUGCCAAAUCUACUCAGCAAGCAAUUUCCCUCCAGCAACUUGAAUCUUUUGCUUCACCUAAUUCCACUCAUUCUCACUGGGGAGUCUUUGGCCUUGAUCUAUUUCCACCUGGCAUUAUCUCCUUCCUUCACAAUAACCUUAACUCUCUACAGCACAUACUGUGUGAGAUUGCCACGUAA